UUAUAUACCUAGCCAUCCAAUGAAAUGCCUUCUUUCAUUAGCCAAUCAAAACUACUCUUACUUCCUAAUUACAAAGAAAUAACUAAAGCAAGUCUAUACUAACGAUCAUUUAUUGAACAAUGUAAUUAACAAAGAAUCAACCGCUUCAUUAUUAUAGUCUACGAUGUAACCCACUAUAUUUUAAGGUACGAUAGAUUGGAUGCCGUGAAAAGUAACCUGUAAAGUCAGCUGGGGAUCGACGAUUGCAUUAAACACGAUGAUUCUGGACGACAUGACACAGAAAAUGGAGAAACUUGUUGUCACGACCAUCGUUGUUGGUGUAAUUGCGUAUGUCUAUCACCAGUCUGCGCUAAACACAGACAGGGGAAAUACUGGAUUUCCGUCAAAACUCAAAACGUCAUAUGAUUACAUCAUAGUUGGAGCAGGCUCUUCGGGUUCGGUGUUAGCGUCUCGUCUGACGGAGGACCCGGAUAAUGACGUAGUGUUACUGGAGGCUGGUGGUUCUGACGAGACCAAUCCUAACAUCUAUAAGGCCGGGGCCGCCCCAAUGUUGCUGAGGUCGGACGAGGACUGGGAGUAUUACACAGUACCACAGAAACACGCUUGUCGUGCAAUGAAAGAACAGCGUAGCUUUUGGCCACGAGGAAGAGUUCUUGGAGGAAGCAGCUCUCUGAACUGGAUGGUGUAUAUAAGAGGCAACCGCCAUGAUUACGAUAGCUGGGCUGAGGAAGGCUGUGACGGUUGGAGCUACAAGGACGUUCUUCCAUACUUUAUGAAGUCAGAAGACAUACAAAUUGACGAGUUCAAAAUUUCAGAAUAUCGGGGAAAGGACGGUCCUCUUCCAGUAACUCGACCAAAUGUUACACCAAUGCAAAAACUAUAUAUUGAUGCUGGCAAAGAUUUGGGUUUCAACGUCAUCGAUUGUAACGGCGAAGACCAAAUCGGCUUUUGUUGGAUGCAGUCCACUAUAAAACAAGGGGAGAGAUGGAGUUCUUACAGAUCAUUUAUCAAACCACAUUUGGCCCGUCCCAAUUUACAUGUAAUGCCCAACACUUUCACCACGAAGGUGAUUAUCAAAGACAAGAAGGCUAUUGGCGUAGAAUGCAUCAGGAAUGGAAGGAAGGUCCGAGUGUUUGCGAGGAAGGAAGUGAUUUUAUCUGCUGGCGCCGUCAACUCUCCACAACUACUGAUGUUGUCGGGUGUUGGACCAAAGGAACACCUUAAAAAAUUAGGGAUUCCCGUGCUUGCUGACCUUCCCGUCGGGGAAAAUCUACAAGACCAUUUCAUGAUACCUUUGGCGUUCAGGAUAAAUACAACAGGGCCAAUAACUGGUGAUAAACUGACUUCAAUGUGGACAGUGAAACAGUACGAGUACUUUCGUACAGGUCUCUGGUCCGCUACAGCUCUGGAGGCACUAGCAUUUGUGUACAGAGAUCUUGAUAAGAAGAAAGAGUCCGGAGAAAAUUCUGAUAUACAGGUGCAUACAUUCAGUGCGCAUGGUUUAACCCCACCAAUGAGAGAGUUCUUCCCCGUCAACUAUAUGGAAGAAGUGAAAGAUAAAAUGUUUACUGAGACAGAUGACAUCGAAACGGUUUCAUUUUAUCCAGUGAUUAUCCACCCUAAGAGUAGGGGAACUAUUCGACUGAGGAGCACGGAUCCGUUCGACUAUCCUGAUAUUGACCCUCACUACCUUGAGGACGAAGACGACGUACAGUUGGCAAUCCAAUCUAUAAGAUUUGUGGAAAAGAUGGUUGGCACAAACACAAUGAAAUCGAUCGGAAUGGACGUCAAUAAUCGGUUCCAAACAUAUGAAUUUUGUUCUGAGCACGAGUUCCGGUCGGACAAGUUCUGGGAAUGUUAUGUGAGACAUUUUACAUUGACCGUGUACCAUCCAACAUCUACGUGUAGAAUGGGAGGCAAAGACGACCCGUCAGCUGUAGUGGACCCCCAGCUGAGAGUUAAAGGGAUAUCCGGCCUACGUGUUGUCGACGCUUCUGUGAUGAGAAAUGUGCCCGGAGGAAAUACAAACGCUCCGUCGAUCAUGAUCGGAGAGAAAGCCGCUGAUCUGAUUCGGAAAAGCUGAAUAUAUACUAUACAAUGUGGGGAAUCACGUGACCUGAAAUGAUUCAGUCUGUGGAAAAGGUCUGGUUCAGUAUUUAGAAUUCCAUGGAUUUAACAAAAAAAAUUGGGUACAACUUUUAGAUAGCCGAAAUAAACUUGAAAUUAUUGGAAAUCAUACGUGCUUUCAUCUCACUUAAGGUUAAGUUUUAUUCAUUAAUGCUGAAAUUCUCUUUCAAUAUGAGGUUUGUUGAAUAUGAAGUAUAACACCACGUGAAGGACAGUAUAUGUAAAGUAACACUUAAUAUGUAAGCUCCGUGUAACAGUAAACCUCCGGCUGUGUAUUGUGAUAUCAGAUGUAGCAUGCACGUACUAUCUUAUAUCUACAUGCUGUAAAAGAAUUAAUUAACCUGUUUAGUGUUGAGAUGAACAUAGCACAUGGGUUAAGUGUCCUUCAAGCUUUUUAGCAAAUAUGUGACGUAAUGCCUUUUUAAUGGUUUUAAAGUAUUAUGCGACGGUCAAGAUUCCGUUUUAUUAAAAGAUAAAUGUUUCAAUA